AUGAGCAAAUCUCAAGAGGAGGAUGUAGAGGAAGGGAAAGGGAUGAUGCAUGUAGAGGAGGAGGAGGAGGAAACACCCGCUGCAUGCAGAGGAGAGAAGAAAAGGAGAAAUGAUUAUAGAGAGGGGAGUGUAGAGGAGGAGGACGAGGAGGCUCCAGCGUUCAAAAGGUGUAGAAGAAGGGGAGAACCAAAUGUUAGAAUAGUAAACGGUAGGAUUAGGAUGAGAAGAGGAGGUCAGAUUUUCUGUUUGCAUGCUAAAGUCAAAGGAAGAAGAGGAGGAGGAAGCGAGGGAGGAAAGGAGACGCUGCUGGAAUACAGAGAGAGGGAGAGAGGGAGAAUACUGAUCAGGGGGAAACAGACAGAGGCACAGUCAUCCAUCAAACCAACCGAGGAGAGAGGAGGAAACACCCCCAGAGUGGAAAGGAGAGGAAGGACGGUGGAGGAGGAGGAGAAAGCAACAGAUCUGAUCCUGAUCCUGGACUGUCAGAUGGAUUUUUCACAGUUUAAGAGGAAAUUAAAUCUGUUAGUCCGAAUUUUAAAAAUGAACCUGUAG